AUGGGGCUGCUCAGAGUCAUGAUGCCGCCCAAGUUGCAGCUUCUGGCGCUGCUGGCGUUCGCAGUGGCCAUGUUCUUCCUGGAGAACCAGAUCCAGAAGCUGGAGGAGUCCCGCGGGAAGCUCGAACGAGCCAUCGCUAGACACGAGGUACGAGAGAUUGAGCAGCGACACACGCAAGACGGCUUGAGGGAACGGGAUUCAUCGGCCUCGUCGCCAUCAGAGGGCGAAGACGACCUUGUCAUCAUCUACAACCGCGUGCCCAAGACGGCCAGCACCUCCUUCACCAACAUCGCCUACGACCUGUGCGGGAAGAACCACUACCAUGUCCUGCACAUCAACACCACCAAGAACAACCCGGUCAUGUCCAUACAGGACCAGGUGCGGUUUGUUAAGAAUGUGACUGAGUGGAGGGAAAUGAAGCCGGCUUUCUACCACGGACAUGUCUCCUUCCUGGACUUCACCAAGUUUGGAGUGAAGAGGAAACCCAUCUACAUAAAUGUGAUCCGUGACCCCAUUGAAAGGCUGGUGUCGUACUAUUACUUUCUGCGUUUCGGGGAUGACUACCGGCCGGGCUUAAGACGCAGGAAACAAGGAGACAAGAAGACGUUCGAUGAAUGUGUAUCAGCCGGCGGCUCAGACUGUGCCCCUGAGAAGCUCUGGCUCCAGAUUCCUUUUUUCUGUGGACACUACUCUGAAUGCUGGAACGUGGGCAGCCAGUGGGCUCUGGAGCAGGCGAAAUACAACCUGGUGAAUGAAUACAUGCUGGUUGGAGUAACAGAGGAGCUGGAGGACUUUGUCAUGAUGCUGGAGGCGGCGCUGCCACGCUUCUUCAAAGGAGCUACUGAGCUGUACAAAACAGGGAAGAAAUCCCACCUGAGGAAGACCAGUGAGAAGAAGCCGCCCACCAAGGAGUCGAUCACCAAGCUGCAGCAGUCGGCCAUCUGGAAGAUGGAGAACGAGUUCUACGAGUUUGCACUGGAGCAGUUCCAGUUUGUCAGGGCGCAUGCUGUCAGAGAAAAGGACGGGGAGCUCUACCUGUUGGCACAAAACUUCUUCUAUGAGAAAAUCUACCCUAAAAACUAAAGAGGCACGUCUGUGGAAGGGAUUGGAGAGAAUGCUUUGUGCAGGCUUGUGUGUGCCCAGUCUGAGAUGAGGAAGAGAGGAGGACUUAAAGACGACAGGUGACUGUGUGGCUGCUUGGUACGUGUGAUUAAGGACAUGACGUGGAGCUGCAGAACAAUCUGGUCGCAGCUCUGUUAUACACGUCUGUGCCAGCCAACUGGACAGGGAGCUCAUGUUUCGUCAGCAGGUUGUGUUCCCAGCAGCGCCGGGCCUCCACUCCCCUUCACUUCCAUGUCAAAUGUCGUCAGUGCAGAGGACUUCUGCUGGCACAUGUACGGAGACGGCCUGUCCAACAGCCGGUCAGACCUCAGCUCCCGAUCCAGACAAAACAUUUCAUUGGCUCUGUACUGUUUGGUUGUGUUUGAUUGUAUUUUAACUCUUUACUAUGGUUGUCUUUUGUAUGUAAAGACGAUGGCAUUUUCCAUGGUGACACAACAUCCCCAUGCCUCACCACUACUACUACUAACUUAAAGAGAUUUUAAGUGUACGAAACUGACUACUGUGCUGUAUUAUUGGACUCCAAUGAGAACUUUUGAGGUUUUUAUGAAAUAAAAAUCCUGUGACCAUGGACUAUUUCCUGGGACAAGUGCGUACGUUUUAUACUGUACUUGAUGUAUUUCGUUGGAUGUAAAUGUGCAGCUUUGCCCAGAGGCUUUUCCUCCGUUAUGAAGAAACACAUGAAAUUAUUGAAGUGUGUACGAACACUAAGGUGGAGAUGCUGCUGCUGCUGCUGCUGCUGUAAAUAUUUACUACUUUUUCAGCCCGAUUCAUUCACAGAUUUGCUAUAGUAUAAUAUUAACCCAUUUAUACUGUUAACCUUUUAAAGUUACAGUGUGCAUUUUAUCAGUUUGUACAUUUCUUUCAUCUCUUUUAUUACUUUUUAGGCUGCAUUUAAUUUCUUUUAAUCAUUUUCUUUUCAUUGUAAAACCAGGUGAACAUGUAUGUCCACUAAUAUGUCUGUAAUGUGCCGACAUUUUUGGGAAGUGUGUUUAUUUGCUUUCUUGCCAGGAGUGAAAUCAGGAGAUAACCACUGUAAUAUCGGCCCCUUAGAUCACUGGUUCCCAACCUGGGAGUCCCGACCCCCACAAGGGGUUCACGGGUGGGUCGUGAGGCCUUCUUGAUUUUAAGCAGAGUAUCAACAUACAGUUGUUCUUGUGGUGCAGGAAUGACGUCAUGUACUUUACAUAAAGUUACGUUAUUAAUGUAAAGUU